AUGGUUGUCUUGAACAAGUUCUCCGUCGUCCUUGUGGCUGCUCUGGCUGCUGUGGGUCAAGCUACUCACGAGGGUCUCCAUGCUCGUCGCGUCGUUCGCGUUCGCUCCGUUGCCCCUAGCUCCGAGGCUUCUACCUCGACUGUCCUCGUUGUGCCCACUCCUGUCGAGACGGCUCCUGUGGCUUCUUCCACUGCUGUGUCUGAGGAUACCACCCAGUAUUCUUCUUCUGCCGCCCCAAGCAUUGCCUCCUCUUCGGUCGUCGCUGUCCCUAGUGUGAGCUCUGCGCCUGUUGUCUCUUCCAGCAAGCCCGUGGUCACCCGCACUCCCAUUAGCGUUCGUCCUUCUGGUCGUCCUACUGGUCGUCCCUCCUCUUCCGCUGUCCUGUCCAGCACUGUGUCUGCCCCCGCUGGCCUGUCCAGCGCUGUGUCUGCUCCCGCUGGCACUGACGUCCCUGGCCAAAGCUCCGUGACCAGCAGCCCUGCCACCACCAGCGCCGUGACUUUGACUUACACCGUGACCUCCGGAACUUCCACCAGCGUCAUCACCACCACCAUCUACAAGACCGCCACUGAGCAGCUCACCGUCACUGCCACUCAGUCUGGUUCUGAUGCCUCAGCCACCAAGCCCGCUGAGGACACCACCAACACUCACACCUCUACUAUCCAGGCCACCAAGACCGAGACUGUUACUCUGGUUGAGGUCCCCACUCCCUCCGGUGGAGCUGGCUCUGGCAAUGAGUCUGGUGCUUGCAGCGCCGUUACCGUCACUGCUACUGUCACUGAGACUGUGACUGCUAGCGCCACUGAGACCUCCGCCCCUGGCAACGGUGAGGGCUCGCAGAGCACCUCCGCUGAGCCUAGCUACGCUGAGACCACCUCCGCGGCUUCCACCACUGAGAUCGCCACCGAGACCCGCAUUCCCACCGGCUCCACCCGCGUUCCCAUCACCCGUACUCCUUCUUCCAGCGGCUUCGCUACCCGGACUCCUUCUGCCAGCGCCAGCGUCAGCGUUACGCCUACCCCUGCCUCCAGCGCCCAGGCCUCCGCUACCAAGGCCCCCGGUGGAAAGCACGGAAAGCACUUCUUCAGCAACUGGCGCCACCGCUUCAUCUAA